UGCUUCACUGACUGUUUGGUCCUCCUCCGCGGUGGCUGGUGCUGAGAUGGGGUGAAAGUAGCGCUAGGUGUCCGCUCCUUCCUGGCUGUGGCCACACGCCAUGCUCAUCACGCUUUGCUACUUGUACCUUUGGGCGCGUUGGGGGACCUUUUCAGCCGGACUGAUCCGUCGCACGGUGCGCAGACUGCAUCGGACUCGCUGCUCUUUCACCUUCUCUUGCUCCGGCCCCGGGUGCCCUCGCCAAUCCCUGCACCAGACCCACCGCUUUCCCCCUGCCAGGAAGGAGCCUCCCCGCCAUUCCGUGGAGAGCAUCUGCCUCAGGGCGGGGAACAAGGUGUUCUUCACUGAUGAAACACAGUUCCUUGAUGAUUUAAACCAAUGGACAUUGCUCAUUGUAUCGCCUCCUAUUUAUUUGGGCAAAAUAUUUGAGUCUGAACAUAUAGCAUUUCUGACUGAAGGUAUAUCCUCUCAAGAAGGCAGUUCACUGCCUAUAACGUGCUCAACCAAAAAGCUGGUAAAGUGGUCUGAUUACUGUUCACCUUUGGCAUUUAAACCUGGAGAACCUUAUAUAUUGUUUGCUGAAGCCAGUAUAGACAACUUCAGUAGCCUUGGGAUAGCAUUUAUGGAAGAUAGACUCCAAAUGGAUAAUGGAAUGGUACCUCACAAAAUUGUGUCUGUACACCUACGGAAGUCAGAGUUGGAAGAACUGGAACAACUGGCACCAAGUACAGAAGAGGAGGCAAAGGCUAGCAAUGUUCAACUUGGUGUGCCAACUCAAGAGCCAACGUUUGAGACAGCUGUCUCAAACUGUGCAGGAGGUGAUGAUCAAGAAGUCCAGGAAGAGAAAUGCAAACUGAAGAAAGCAGAUGAGCAUCAUGAACAACUUGAGCACCUGUCUGAAAAGGAGAGUGGUAGUGGUGAACAUCAUCAUUUGCAUCUUUCUAGCUGCCAUGAGUGCUUGGAACUUGAGAAUAGCACUAUUGAGUCAGUUAAGUUUGCCUCUGCAGAAAAUAUUCCAGAUCUUCCUGAUGAUUAUGGUGGCAAUUUUGAAGAUGUUGGAUAUCUGGCAGGACACCUGAAAAGAGUAAAUCUUACUGGGAAACCUCCUAAUAUCUUAAUUUAUGUUGGUUCCAAAUCUGGAAAAGUCAAAUUUGAAGAAGUAAAAUCAAUCAUCAUGGAAUGUAUUGAUAUUAAUGCUUAUACUGUCUACCAGCUAUUAGAGGAACAAAUAUUGAGUGUUCCUUGGGUUGACAAUACGCAGCUGUUAGUCAUUGCUGCAUCAGAGCCCGUAUCAGAUGCUGUUUCCAAACAGUUUCUGGUUUUCAUGUCAAAAGGUGGGAAGGUUCUGGGACUUUCAGCCUCUUUCACUUUUGGUGGUGUACAAAUAAAAAACAAAGAUGGACUGACAGACACAGUGCAGGCCUUGGUAUUUUCUAAAGCAGAGGACAAUGAGAUUAAGCUAAAUAUUCUAACUAGUGGGAAAGUUUUCAAAAGAGAAACUGCAGAAGAGCUCGGCUCUGUGAAGUCUCUUGGUUACUUGGACAGUGCAGAUAAAGACAUGAUGGUUGUUCAGCUGACAUAUGGAAAUAGCGGAGGACAAGCCAUUCUUUGCCAGGUGCACUUAGAAGUAGAUGUCAAAAGUUUGUCUAAAAGAUCUCCAGAUGACUUUAAUUUUCUCAAAAUGAGCAAUGCCACCAGAUAUGAAGUUCUUAGUGAAAUACUAAAACUACUUGGUUUGAGCUGUGGAUUGAGUAAAGUUCCUUCAUUAACUCCUCUUUACCUUCUCUCUUCUGACAUGGAAGUUCACAGUUCUUUUUUGGAAUGGCUUGGAAGAAAUGUGAAUGCAGAAGGAUUAAUCAGCUCUAGCAAAGUGUCCCUUAAGUUUGUACCAUCCUGCAAUACAGAGUUAGAAAUAAUGCCCUCACUCGUUCCUGUAGUCACGGAAGUAGGAUCUUUCUCAUCAGAAUAUUUCAGCCUUGAGGUAUAUAAACAAAAUCUACAGACACAGAACCUUGGGAAAGUGGUCCUGUUUACUGAAGUUACAUCAACCACAAUGAAUCUUCUUGAUGGAUUGAUGUUCCGGGUGCCCCAAGAAAUAGGUCUGAUAGCAAUUGCAGUUCAGCAAUCCCAAGGGAAAGGUCGUGGUGGAAAUAUCUGGCUGAGUCCCAUGGGAGCUGCUUUAUCAACUCUACUUAUUACCAUUCCAUUAUCUUCUGAACUGGGACGAAGGAUUCCUUUUAUUCAGCAUCUUGUUUCUCUAGCAGUUGUGGAGUCUGUUAGAUCAUUACCUGGAUACCAGGAUAUUGACCUGCGGUUAAAAUGGCCUAAUGAUAUCUACUACAGUGACCUUAUGAAGCUUGGGGGAGUUUUAAUAAAUUCCACUCUAACAGGAACUACAUUCCACAUACUUAUUGGCUGUGGAUUUAAUGUGAGCAACAGCAAUCCAACUAUUUGCAUCAAUGAUCUCAUUAUGGAGCACAAUAAAACAAAGAAUACACAGUUAAAGCCCUUAAGUGCCGACUGCCUGAUCGCGAGAAGUGUAACAGUUCUGGAAAAACUGAUCAACACCUUUCAAGAGAAAGGGCCUAAUGGAGUUCUUCCCCUCUACUAUAAAUUCUGGGUACACAGCGGUAAACAAGUUCGUCUGAAAAAUGAUGAUGGACCACUAGCCCGGAUUGUUGGAAUAGAUGAUUCUGGAUUCCUUCUGGUUCAAGAGGAAGGCAAAGAUGUAGUGACUGUGCAUCCAGAUGGCAAUUCUUUUGAUAUGUUGAGAAACCUUAUAAUUCCAAAGCAGCAGUAGCUUUUGGAGAUGGCAGAACAGCAGGUCUCUAAAGAAAACUAUUUUAUAUUUCCUAGUUAGUCUUGAGCUUGACUGGAGAUAGUAUAUCAAAUGGAAUUUAGCUAAAGCUGAAGAAAAGAAACAUUGUAUACCAAGCAAAUAAUUGAAUUUUUGCAUUAUUUAAUUGUUCUGGGUUUCUUUUGGUUUGGAGGAGGGGUUUAUUGUAUUUUUUUUCUGUGCAUUCAUGGGAGAGGAGAGGAUUAUGAUCACCAUGAAAACUUUGGCAUGUGAUUUUUAGAAUGGAUCACUCAACUGAAAUUUGCAAUAGGAAAAAUUGUGUUAUUCUGUUACUGCGAACUGUUGUACUUUUACUUACCAAACACCUUUAAAACUGAUACUUAUAUUUUUGUUUGUAUGCGUACACAGGAAAUAAUAUUUUUUGUUGUGGAAUAUUUUGCAAUAUUAAAAUGGCAGCUUUGCUUAGCAAUGCAUUAGUGAGAUAAUUUAUAUUGUGGAUUAUUAACAGGAUUUAGUUCCUUCCCCUGUCAAACAAUUGUUUGCAAGGAAUUUUUGCUUUUUUGAAAAAUGCUCUGCACACACUGACCUGGAAUGGAGCCAAAGUGUCUCUGCAUGUUCAAAAUCUGUGAGAAACAAUAUUAUUUUGAGAUUUGGCCUAGAGUUCUACAUUAUUGAAGAUACUUUCACUUACUUAGAAGUAGGUCUUAAUUUCCCAGUAUCAUUUUGAAGCUUGAGAAUUUCACAAAUAGCAGUGCCUUCAAACAGAAUUUAUCUAUAAAUAAUGUUUCGCCUUUUACCUAUCUUAGUAGUAGUAGAACUUGUUUCUCAAGGAUAUCUGUUUUUUAGCAAUUCAUUUAAACCUCAGUCAUCCUGCACGCUAUUUAAUUUAGGCAGCAUUUUGCUUUGCAUGUCUAUAACUUCACAGGUACACAGAUCCUCUGAAUUCUAUUGAUAGUCAAAUGGCAUAUUUGUGUGUUUUCAUAUUGUUGGCAUAUGACACUUGUGCUGUCAUAUUUCUCUGUAAGAUUCUUCACAUGUGAAUGUGCUUUGGAUCCAUUGCUAAAGCCCUCAAAAUUUCUGUAUCCUUAAUGAAGAGUGAAUAAACAAUGUGCCUUGCCUCUUCUGUUCUGAUUUUUAAAGAUAUAGGAAGACAAACCUUGGUAAAAAUGGCUUCCAAGUGUAUUUAGCCAUCAUACGGGGAUGACAUCUUAUAGUUAAGAACAGAGAGUUAAGAAGAUGGCAAAAUAUAAUAAAUGCACUUUUAAUAAUGAGGUUCUAUUUUUUAUUUUUUAUUUAAUAAUAAUAGCCAAGUUUAUUGUUGACUCAGAGGGUAAAAUUCCAAUCAGUCUAGAAAGAGUUCCAAAAGGUUAUUUUCCGGACUGGGUGACUGAGCAACAGGAUAUGAAAUGAAUGCCACUGUAAGCAAAUGGAAAGUAAUACAGAUUGGAGGUGAUCUCAAAGAUACUGCUGGACUUUGAUUUACUGUAAUCACCCAGAUAAAAUAUUGGGGUGGGUAGAACAAUUACUGACUGUCAGCAAUGUGGGGCAACAAAAAAGACAAAUUUAGUAUUAAAGUAUUAGAAAGAAAAUGAAAAAUGCUUUUUAAUAUUAAUGUGUGGAACAUCCAUCUAUGGAAUACCAUAUUUCAUCAAAAACGAUGUAAAGUUUCAAAAGUACAAAAAAUGACCAUGAAAAUUAUUGGAGUAGAAAUAUUUUCCUUACAAAUAAGGGCAUGUGGCUGGGUUUAAAUUUAAGAAAAAGGUCUCACACAGUGCCUUCCUAAUAUUAGCUUCUCAGUCCAUUGACUUCAAAGGAAGUAGAAGGGUGUAAUUCUGCUUAGGAAGGUACUGCAAAACUAGAAAACAUUUACAAAGUUAUGAAAAAUAUGAAUGAUUAGGAGAAAGUGAUUUGGAGAUUUCUGUCCCUGGCUCUGUGCCAACAAAUUUCAGUUUAUCCUUAAUUGCUUGUUAGUAUGAUGGGCAAAAAAUAGGCAGCUACUAGACUUGUGACAUUUUUGACAUUUUGAAGCCUUGGGGGUGUGCCUCCUUUUUUUUAAGAAGAGGGAAAUGAAAUACAUGCAAUAAUUACUUAAUUAUCAACUUAUUUUACUGGUUUAACAACAUAAACUGUGUAAUUUGUACUAUUUACUAUAGUUAUUAAAAGUAUAAAUGCCUUAGUUUUCUACACAUGAAACUGCAAAUAUAUCCAAUAUUAGAAAGAUCUGCAGACUUCUGUAUCCUAUGCUACUUUAGCACAUGUAAGUAGUCUUUGCCAUUCAAGAGGAAAGAGAAAAAAUGUUAACAAUGGGCAAAACUGGUAGUGAAGAAAAGAAAUAGGAAUAGCAGUAUAUUGGGAUAUUGACAACAUCCAACAUAAUCACCAAGUGUUUUUAGAAAGUUGGUCAGACCUCAUGGGACUCUUGUCCAGCAGGGCUUCUGAUUGACAAUGCUAGACAACUGACUGGCUGCACAGAUAAAAAUAACAUUGUUUCAGCACCAGCUGCCACCACACUGUUGGUUUUAUUUUCUGCCACUCGGCUUUCCCAGUAUUUUUAAAAAAUUAGUCCUCUUCUCCUGUGAAUUUGGGCUUUCCCUGUGCAUAUGGUCCCAUUACCUGGGGCAGCCAUUUUGUAGAUGUGAAAACUACCAUGUGUAUGAAUUCUAGAGUUGUCCACAGACUCAAAAAAGGUUGGGGCUCCUACUGUAGUUUUUCUAAAUCAAAAUGUUCAUACUGCACAUUCUGAACGAGUUGAGACUUUUGUUUCAGAUUUAUUCAGGGCCAGAGUCGAUGUUCACUUUUUAAAAAGAGUUGUGUUCCCCACAGUCACACAACAAAUGUGGGGAAUGGGUAUUAAAAAAAAUUAAACAGCCUGUUUGGUCUUGGAAUGACACCACUGGGGGGGACAGCAGGCUCCUGCCUGCCUUCAUCAGCCAUUUUCCACACCAAAACAACACUGGGUGGUGUUAUUUCUGCAGUUUUAAUGCUGCAUAUGGAGUUCCUCCUCCUUCCCCCCUCCCAUGAUGGCCUUCCUAGCCAAGACAUGACCUGCUUUAUUUGUUAAUAGGCAAUCCCACAGUUGCUGUGUUGUUGCAGUGAAUUUGGAUUCAACUCUUUUGAAAAGGGACUGUCUAAUUUUGCUCUCAAUCUCGGUACUAAUUUGGCACUCAAUCUCCACCAAAAAGAAAAUAUUUCAUAAGAUCUUUUUGCAUUCUCUCCAAAAUUUUCAAAAAUUUCAAUAUGGACAAACUAAAAAAAAAUCUCCCAAAAUUUCCCUUUUUUUUUCAGUUGAACAUCUUUAAAAAGCGACAUGUAGUUAAGUCCACACAAAGUGCUGAAACAGAUUAGGCUUGCUAGCCAUAACAAUUAAGUCGUGGAAUACUAUUCCAUUGAUUCUUCAGUCAAAUGUUCCACCAUGUCCAGUCAGGCUACAGUUUUUGGUGCCCUGGGCACUGUAAGAUCUGGUGCAUUUCCCCCAACCCACCACAAGCUGGGUACUUAAAGAUCCAGAGCUGCAUACAAAGGAGACACAGAACUGUAUGGUCACAGAGCCUCUGUUAACUGGAACUGGGCAGAUGCAGAGUUGGUAGAGGCCUGUUUUUCUGGGUGUUGAAUGGAUGAGCAAGCCCUACCCACCUGUGUGUAGCAACACUAUGGCAUGGUGCCUGCAGCUACACGUUGCUUGCCCAUAUUCAGGCACAUAUGUCGCUGGAUCAGGGAAGACAACCAGACAGGUCAGCUGCAGUGAAGCCUCCUUCAGACUGCCCUUCUCCCUGACAGGCAGAUGGCUGUGAUGCCCAGAGUUGUUGCUUGCCACACCUGCAUCAACACAGACACACACUGCACUAGAUGUGAGGGAAAGCAGCCAGGCUGCAGUAGCAACCUCCUUUCUCCAAUGGGCAUUGACACCGCAUCAGGCUGCUUCUUGCCAAAGUGAGUCACAGCUGAGUCCACUGCUGCCGUGGAGAAAGCUGGCUGCCUCUUCAACUGUGCUGAAGACUGGCACCUUAGGCUAUCACUUAGGCACACCUAGUGGUUGGGCCAGCCCUGACCCUGACUUCUGGCUUGCUCUGUCACAAGGCAUCUGGUAGAGAGAACCUGAGUCUGAUUCAACAAAAGAGUUACAUCCUGACAAAUACAUUACUUCUCUGUCAAGACAGUAACUAUUUUAAAUAGUAACUUUUGCUUAAUAGCUGUAUGAUAAUGUCACUUUAAACCAAGCACAAUAUUAAGCACUCUAGUCUACAGUGAGGAAUUAUGGGUUUUUAUGAAUUCUGAAGAAAGUCUGUUUCCAUUUAACCUGGUGCAAUGGUUAGAGUGCCAAACUGGGAUCCAGGAGACCCAGGUUUUAAUCCCCACUCUGUAAUGGAAACUUUGCAGGAUGACCUUGCAAGUGAGCCAGUCAUACACCCUCAGCCUAGACACAUUACAGAAGUGUUAUGAGGAUACACUGGAGGAGACAAGAAUGAUGUAAGCUGGUCUUGUUCUGCAUUGGGGAUAAUGGUGGAGUAUAAAUGCAGAUAAGAAAUAAAUGAAUAUGUCUUACACUUUAAGGAGUGUGCAUGGCUCUCCAUCUCCCCCCCCCCCCAUUAUAUCUUCACAAGAGACCUGUGAACAUUGGUCAGGCAAAAGCCUGAUGAGUUUCAUGGCUGGGAAGGGAUUUGAAGCCAUUACACUGACUUAUUCGGAAAAGAAAGGCAAUUAUAGCUGUGAUUUAAUUGGGACAUGGUGGUAGUUAUUUGUACCCCAUUUAAGAAGUCUAAUAGACUUGUAAAUGAGAGAGAGAGAACUUGUGACAUAUAGGUGAAAUGUCUGUAAAACAAACAGAUUUUAUUUGCUGAACAAUAUGAGUACAAGGUUUUGAAAAACCAAUUUUAAAUUACAUAGUUUUUUAAGCUCAACCUUAGUAUUUCUUGCACUGGAAUUUUUUCUUCAUUUAAUUUCCUUUUUGUAAUGAAAACUAAUGAAGUGUGGACAUACUGAAUCAUCAGGUAGAUCAGGUGAAAAUAUCACUUUUGCCUUUUCUUUUUAAUAGCCUGUCCUUGUACAUUCAAUGCUACGUGUUGUCUUGAAACAAGGGGGAAAUAUCAAUAUCAAUUAAAAACUGUCAUAAGUCUGCUAUUUUUGCUUCUCAAGCACUGAAGAAAAAUUGCUGUUUUGUGCAGAACAGCUGAAUGAGGUCUUUUGGACUAGCAGCUGUUGCAGUCAGAAAUGCCUGUGGGCCUUUAUAUAGGAUGCUUAGCUAAAGGUAUAUGGGGAAUACAGCUGGCAAUUACAUUGUUUUUUGAAUCAAGCUUGGCUACUCACAGCUUUUGUAUGAAAGCCUGUAAUAGUGCUUGAGAGAAACUAAGACAGCAUAGCAAAAUGUGUCUGGACAAAGUCUGAAGGAACUAGUCAGGCAUCCUGAAAUUUAGAAAUAUCCCUCUAAAAAUGUGUAAUGCUAUUAAAAUGUCCACGUUUGU